AUGAAAGGCGAACAGACGGAAAACGGAGAAGACUCGUCGAACUCGAGCAAAAUCCUGAUCGACCAGCUGAGGGAGAUCACUGGCAUCCAGGACCCUCAGGUUCUCUACAGAGCUUUGAAUGCCGGUCAAGGUGACAUUGGAAAUGCCGUUGGACUGCUGACAACCCAGUCGGCAGAGGUUCAGGAUCCUGGAGAACCGCAGGAGUUGGCGACCUCUGCGGAGGCCUGGGAGGGCCAGAAAGGACUUCCAAAAGAUGAACUGCAGACGGCCAUAGAACUCAGCCUGCAGGAGUCCCACAAAGCCCAGGAAGAGGAGAGAGAAUUUAACAGGGCUCUCGAGGCCAGUGCGGAGGAGAAUGCAGCGAGAAUGAAGAGGAAGAGAUGCGAAGCCCAGAGUGACAUGUGCAGCCCUGCAGACUGGAUCCGUCAGGACGACUGGCCCGUGGGCAUUCGCAAUGUUGGCAACACCUGCUGGUUCAGUGCCGUCAUCCAGUCACUGUUCCACCUGCCCGUGUUCAGGAGGCUGGUUCUCAGCUACCAUUUGUCUGAGCGAAUCCUGGAGAAGUGUAAGAGCCAUUCUGACAAGAGGAACAUGGCUUUCAUGCAGGAGCUGCGCUGUCUUUUCGCCCUCAUGGUGGGCUCCACUCGCAGGUUUGUUGAUCCUUCGGCUGCAGUGGAGUUACUGCGAGACGCCUUCAGGACCGCCGAGGCCCAACAGGACGUCAGUGAGUUUUCCCACAAGCUGCUCGACUGGCUCGAGGACGCAUUUCAGCUGGCGGCCAAGGAUAACGUGGAAGACAAACGAAAAAACCCCAUGGUCCAGCUUUUCUAUGGCACCUUUGUGACAGAAAGGAGACACGAGGGUAAGACGUUGUGUAAUAUCGAGCAGUUUGGCCAGUACCCGCUGCAAGUCAACGGCUUCAACAACCUGGACGAAUGCCUCGAAGGUGCUAUGGUCGAGAAAGAGAUCGAGUCUCUACAUUCGGAUCACAGUGUCACGUCUGGCCGUGAGAGAUGGUUCAAAAAGUUACCGCCAGUCUUGACAUUUGAACUGUCCCGAUUUGAAUUCAACACCCAGCUGGGCCGUCCUGAAAAGAUACACAAGAAACUGGAGUUCUCACAAAUCAUUUACAUGGACAGGUAUCUUCACAAAAACGUACAACAGACCCAUGACAGGAGAUUAGAAGUGAAAAAGCUCAAGGAACAACUAGCAGCCCUUCAACAGAAACUUGAGUGCUACAAAAACUAUGGCUCCGGACCUACCAAGUAUCCUCUGGCUGACAUGCUGCAGUUUGUGCUGGAGUUCGCCACCACCAAGCCCACAAGUGUUUCCCCAGCUGAAGAUCUGAGACCAGCUUCUCCAACUCCCGCAAGCCACCCCCUGAGUGAACUCCUCUCCAAAGACAGCAGCGAACCGGGAGACACCGAUUCGUUGGAGGGUCCGGUCUCCAGUGUUUCCAGUUGUCAGCGGACCCCCAUAUACAAGCCCUUCACCCAGUGCAGACUCCCCGUGGACUGCACACCACACCCAGCCCCCCACAGCGUCACUGAAGAGGAGCUGCACUUUGUUAAGACCUGCCUGCAGCGUUGGAGGACUGAAGUAGAGAAUGACAUAAAUGAGCUAAAGGCCAGUAUUGACAGGCUCACUCAGAUGCUGGAGGGCAUGUACACAGGCAACUGUCUCUGCCAGGCGCCCUACAGACUCCAUGCAGUGCUCGUCCACGAAGGCCAGGCAUCGGCCGGCCAUUACUGGGCUUACAUUUAUGACCACGCCAACCAGCGCUGGAUGAAGUACAACGACGUGAGCAUCACCGAGUCAUCGUGGGAGGAGCUGGAGCGAGACUCGUUUGGGGGAAUCACUAACGCCAGCGCCUACUGCCUGAUGUACAUUGACGACAGGUUACCCUCCCUUAUCACAGAAGACACAGAUGAUGAGACGGGCCAGGUGCUGCACGGCAUGGACUCCCUGCCGUCCGUCCUCCGACGCUACGUCCACGAAGACAACCGCUGGUUCCAGCAGGAGCUCAGUGAAUGGGAGGAGCAGUUUGGCCAGACCGCGACCCCCCAGGGAGAGUCCACAGCCUCCGCAGAGCCCCCGGACCCCAGCCCAGUCAAUAUACCCCAAACAGAAGUGGAGCCGGCGCCCCAGUCUGGACCAACCACCGAGGAGCUGGACCAGGGAUCCUCCUCAGAGCAGGAACCUGACGCAGAAGCAGUGAAAGACCCAGAGCCUGAUCCCAGAGAGAAGCCGCCUGCAGAAUCUGAGUUAACGCCACCACCACCCCAGAGCCCCGGCUGCCAGCCAGACGACACCAGCAGUGCGGCAGUCACUGACACCCUCGGGCCCAGCCAGAGCUCCACCUCAGCUGAGAGAGAGCUUCAGUGUCAGACUUCUGGCCCUGAAGCAGAGCUUAGUGACCCGGCACCGGCUGAGCUCCAUGUGGAGAAGGACGAGGUGCAGGCGGCAGGACUCGGCCCUCAGGCUGAAAGCGAGCCGGAGGCUUCCAGAGACGCACCUGAAGAUGAAGCAAAGCAGGAGGGGGAGGAGGAGGAGGAGGAGGAGGAGGAAGAAGAAGAAGAAGAAGAAGAGCAGGAGGUCCCGGCCAGACAGCGACAGACUGAGAACGAGGUCUCAGAAGUGGAGAUCCCCAACGUGGGCAGGAUCAUGGUGAGAGCUGACGCUGAUGGAUACAACGAAGAGAUGAUGCUGACUCCCGCGAUGCAGGGCGUCAUUCUCGCCAUCGCCAAGGCCAGAAAAACCUUCGAUAAGGAGGGCCCUGAGGCCGGCCUCAUCAAGGCCUUCCACGAGGAGUAUUCCCGUCUGUACGAGCUCUCCCAGGAGGAGACCACCCCCCAGGAGGAUGCUCGCCUGCAGCACGCUCUGGUCUACUUCUUCCAGAACAAGGCGCCCAAUCGCAUCAUCGAGAGGACGCUGUUGGAGCAGUUUACCGACCGCAACCUGAGCUUCGACGAAAGGGCCAUCAGUAUCCUGAGGGAAGCCCGAACCAAGCUGCGCCUCAUCAAGCCAGAGGACAUGGAUAUGGACGAGUACUUGCAGUGGCAUGACGACUACAAGCUGUUCAGAACGGUGUUUGUCUACCUGCUGACCGGACUGGAGCACUACCAGCAUGACAAGAUGCGAGAGGCACUGAUCUUCCUGGCUCAUGCGUACGAGACCAACGCCACCCUCCUGAAGAAUGGAGAGAAGCGAGGCAUGGACAAGUGUCUCAUUGCCGUUUACAGGAGGAAAUGUCUCACUGCAUUGAAUGAAAGCGCGUCUCGGCUGUUUUGCAGCGGCGAGGAGACGAACGUGGAGGAGGGCAUCGCCAUCAUGGACGAGGCCGUCAUCCCCUGCCUUCACCUGAUGAGCCGAGACUCGGCUCUGUCCCGGGAAGACCGGGACGCCAUGGAGAGCAUCCGCAGCCACUGGUGCUGCUGCCUGGGCCGGGACAUGGAAGACUCGUUGCAGGUGAAGCUGGGCGAGUUUCUGCCCCGGGUUCUGGACGGUUCGGCUGAGACGGUAGUUCUUAAAGACCCGCCCAAAGUCCACGUCAGCCAGGCCCACGACCUGUGCAGCCGCCUGGCCGCCGUCAUGGAGUCCAUCCACGGCACCUCGAUAGUCAGCGUCAAAUAA